AUUCUUAGUAUCCGGUGGACUUCCAUGACCGUGGCAGUAAAAAAAUUGCAUUUUCAUAACCUUCCGAAUAUUACAAAUAUAUAUAUUAAAAAUAUAUAUACAUAAUUAGACAUAUAUUACGCUGUAAAAUAUUGACAAAAUGCAUCAAGAAAGCGAAUUAGCCUCGAAAAUUGAGACAAACAAAUUUGAGUCGUCUUUGCGUGAGUUGCAGAAGAAAACGUUUGUGUCUGUGGCCGAUAUUGCCAGUUAUGGAGAAAGCGAAGUCACUGAAGAAUAUAAAAAAGCUUACCGGCGCUCCCUCGACGACCCGGAAGGUUUCUGGGGGGAAAUCGGACAAGAAUUGGAAUGGACGAAGCCCUGGGACCGUGUUUUGGACAACACAAAUCCUCCUUUCACCAAAUGGUGGGUGGGUGGAGAGAUGUCAGUAUGCCACAACGCAGUAGAUCGUCAUGUGGCGAAUGGACGUGGAGACAAUAUAGCACUUGUCCAUGACUCGCCCCUCACAGACACCGUGCGAAGAAUAACAUAUACGGAACUCCAGGAUCAGGUGUCGCGUAUAGCAGGCAAGUUGGCAUCACUUGGAGUCACUCGGGGCUCCCGCGUGCUUAUUUACAUGCCUUUAAUCCCAGAAGCCAUUAUUGCAAUGCUGGCCACUAACAGAAUUGGCGCCAUACACUCUGUUGUCUUUGGUGGUUUCGCAGCACGGGAGCUAAUGACAAGAAUAGAGCAUGCUGAACCCACGGUAAUAAUUGCAGCCAGCUGCGGUGUGGAGCCCAACAAAAUCGUUAGAUAUAAAGAUAUUCUCGAUGAAGCCCUCUGUCAAAGUUCUCAUCAACCACGUCGCUGCAUCAUUUAUCAACGGAGGCGGGUACUUGAGUGCACUCUGGAAACAGGAAGAGACAUCUCCUGGCAGGAAGCACUAGAAACAGACCCAGUUCCAUGUGUUUCCGUGGAAGCUAACGAGCCACUUUACAUAUUAUAUACAUCGGGCACAACUGCUGAUCCAAAAGGCGUCCAAAGGCCCUGCGGUCACGCCGCUGUAGUUUGCUGGUCAAUGCAUGCUAUAUACGGAUUGAAUCGAGGCGUCUGGUGGGCGGCGUCAGAUCUGGGAUGGGUUGUUGGUCAUUCCUACAUCUGCUACGGACCGUUACUGGCUGGGUUAACUUCUGUGUUGUAUGAAGGCAAGCCGGAUAGAACUCCGGACCCUGGGCAGUAUUUCAGGAUUAUAGAACAGCACCGUGUGAAUGCCUUAUUCACCAUACCGACAGCAUUCCGUGUAUUGAAACGGGCUGAUCCAGCUGCAAAGUUUGCCAGAAGAUAUUGUGGAAAAUCGCUAAAGACUGUGUUCGUAGCUGGUGAACAUUGUGACCAGGAUACGAGGCAAUGGGCUGAAAGAGUAUUUGGCGUCCCGAUAUUAAACCACUGGUGGCAGACUGAGACGGGUUCGGCCAUCACUGCUGCGUGUAUCGGUUAUGGAGUUAAAUUUGUACCUCCACAUUCUGCGGGUUAUCCCAUCCCUGGAUAUGAUAUUCGUACACUCAGAGAAGAUGGUGAAGAAUGUGAAGUGGGAGAAGUUGGUAGAUUAGCUGCGAAACUACCGCUGCCACCAGGAUUUGCCUCAACACUAUGGCAAGCUGAUGAACGGUUCAAGAAAACAUAUUUUGAAGCUUAUCCGGGUUAUUACGAUACCCAAGACGCAGGCUGGAUAAGCGCUGAUGGGGCGGUGUGGGUCGUGGCCCGAGCUGAUGAUGUAAUAAACGUCGCUGGUCACCGGCUCUCCACCGCUGCCCUUGAGGAUGUGGUACUUAAACAUGCGAGGGUGGCUGAUGCAGUGGUUGUCGGAGCUCCAGACCCCACAAAAGGAGAUGUACCACUUUGCUUGUAUGUGAUGAGACCUCCUCAAGAUGAUGAAGAAAUAGUGGCAGAAAGUACAGUAACGCAAGAAUUAAUAGCUCUGGUUCGCCAUCUCAUCGGUCCUAUUGCAGCUUUUAGAAAAGCAGUUGCUGUACCUGCAUUACCUCGGACUCGAUCGGGAAAGGCUCUCAGAGGAGCCAUUGCUAAACUAGCCAGAUCUCAGCUAGUGAAACUACCCGCUACGAUUGAAGAUUCCAGCGUGUUCGCGGAAAUAAAGAUCGCAUUGCAAAAAUUUGGUUACGCCAUCGAUGCACCUGACCCUGAAGUGUGAAUGAUGAUGAAAAUCAAGGCAGAUUAAAAAGAAUCUUUAAGAUCCUACAUAUAGUAUCUUUAUAGUUAUAUAGUUGAUCUUGAACGUAAUU